ACGUGCAGCUCUCAGUGAAGCUGCAGCAGAUUCUGCACCAGUCAGGAUGUCUGAACACCAGCAAGGUCUCGUCUAUCUGAUCACCGGAGGCUGCGGGUUCCUCGGGAAACACCUCCUGAGGGUUCUGCUGGAGAAGGAGGACAAACUGGCGGAGGUGCGAGUGUUUGACAAACACGUCGACCCCGAUUUAAAGGGACUCAGCACAGAGCGGACGAAGGUGGUGGUCAUCCAGGGAGACAUCACAGACUACAGCAGAGUGGUGGAGGCCUCGGAGGGGGUCGACGUCGUCAUCCACACGGCCAGUUUGGUGGACGUUUGGCACCGAGUCCCAGAGAAACUCAUCUACUCUGCCAACGUCGUAGGGACAGAGAAUGUCAUCGGUGCCUGUGUGGAGUGCAACAUUGAGUGCCUGGUUUACACCAGCAGCAUGGAGGUGAUUGGUCCCAACAUCAACGGAGACCACUUUAGGAGGGGGAAUGAAGAUACGCCUUACCUCGUCAAACACACUAUGGCCUACCCAAAAACCAAGGCAAAGGCAGAGAAAAUAGUGCUUGACGCUAAUGGCACAAAGCUGAAGAAUGGAAGGUGUUUGUACACUUGCUCCUUGAGGCCGACGGGGAUUUACGGUGAAGGCCAUCCGCUGAUUAAGGACUUCUACGAGUUGAGUGUUCAAAGAGGAGGCGUGGUCAUCGGUGGCAUCCCGGACCACGUUGAACACGGCCGGGUCUAUGCAGGUAAUGUGGCCUGGAUGCAUCUACUGGCAGCACGAGCGCUGAGAGAAAACCCGCAGAAGAUCGGAGGCGAAGCUUUCUUCUGCUACGAUGACUCGCCCUACAAAAGCUACGAGAAUUUCAACAUGAUGCUGCUCUCCUCAUUUAACUUCAGAAAGAAGCGCAUCCCAGGACUGGUGCUCUGGUUGAUGGCCAUGUUUAAUGACAUGCUCCACUGGAUACUGAGCCCCGUAUACAACUACACACCGUUACUGAACAGUUACACCUUAGCUGUGGCUAGUACCACCUUCACAGUGGGCACAGAUAAAGCCCAGCGAUAUUUCCAGUAUCGCCCCAUGUAUGACUGGGAUCAAUGUCUCUCCCGAACACAGAAAUGGAUCGACACAUUCCCUUUAAGUAAAACCAAAGACUCCUAGUGCAACCGCAACCACUGCUACGCACACAGAGAUUACUAUGUAGACAAGCAGGAUCCCUGGUAUGUAUGUAAGUGAGGGGUUAGCGGAUACUUGGAAGUAAAAAUAACCUCGUAGUAUGCAUUGUAUAUGACAGAGCUUUCAGAACAACAAAUGCAACUAAUACAGUAUACACAUACAUACAGAAAGCCUGCUUAGGAACAAAUAAUUGUUCACCUCAGACUCAAAAUCAGAAUGUUUUCAUGGUAUUUUAUGUAAUUUUAAAAUUUAUAAUAGGUUUUAAAUUGAGCCUCUGAGAACAAAUUUCUGUGUGUGAACACCAGUAUUAAAGGGAGAACAGUGUUCAACAUGAGAACAAAGGGAAAAGGCAACAUCUGACAUGGAAGUGCAAUUAUACAAUGGUGCUUUUAUACAUCACUUUUAAAAGCAUGACAGUUUCUAAAUACUACUCUGAUACUGUCUGUAUAAGCUUCAUUCCAAAGCCACUUGAUGGCGCUGACAGCAAAAGCCAGACAUCUGAAAAAUUUGUACAUCACAGACUGUUGUUGCCAAGUAAAUGACGAAUAGAAUCACAAUUCAGAAAUGUAUUUUACUAAUAUAAGUAUUCUAUUUUGAAUGAUUUGUAAAUUGUAAAAUGUUGGUAAAAUUAUUGUAAAAAAUGUAUAUUCUUGUUUUGUUAAUUUCUUUUACUAAAUUCUUUUAAUAGAAGGAUAUUUAAUAUGUUCUA